CCGCAGCAGCUUUUAAAGAUAAACCAAUUCCGCUGCGGCCUUUCCUUGCCCCGCAUCGCAGUUCAGCAGCAGCAGCUGCUGCAACUUGCUCACAGGACACAGGCACAGCUGAUGAGCAGCAGCCAAAACAGAAAAGCGCGAUUUGAUCGCUUCCUCCUCCACCUCCACUACCACUAGCUAGCCUGCCGCCGACCGCCGACCGCCGUGCGAGCUCCGGCCGCCUUGUGGAGCAGCUCGUGCUCGUGCUCGUGCAGCGCCGCACGGCCGGUGCCGGAGGCAGAGGAGGAAAGGUGCUGCUGCUCCCCCUGCCGCCCCUGCGUCCUGUGACUGAGAUCCAUCCAGCUCGGAGGAGGAGGAGGAGGACGAAGAGGAGGAGCUCCUGGUCCUGGCUUCUAGACGUUGUGACCCAGAUCUUGAUGCAGCUGCGCAACUAGUUUACUCAUCUAGAGGAGGGGUUGGGUUCUUGACCCGAUUUGGUGGGGGUUUUGCCACUGGGAUAGGGGGACAGUUCGGCCUGCUGGAUCUUUAUCGCCAGUUGUUGGUCCUGUCCUUUCCGUUGGGCUGGGAAGCAUUCACAUGCCGGUGGCUGCUGGUUUGGUACUUUCUUGACGGAUUGGUUAAGCGCUGUCUGUGGGGUUGUUGUGCUCCUCCUCCUUUCAUCUCAUUUUGUGGUGAUUGGUGUGGGGAGGAGGAAGAGCUAGGAAGACCGUCUCUCUUGUUUUUGGGUCAUUUCUCGGUGUGGCACAAUGAAGUACAUGAAGCUUGGAUCAAAGCCGGAUGUCUUUCAGACAGAGGGCAGCAAUAUCAGGUUUGUUGCAACAGAGCUGGCAACAGACAUUGUUAUAUCCAUUGGGGAUGUCAAGUUUUAUCUUCACAAGUUCCCUCUUCUAUCAAAGAGUUCACGCCUGCAAAGGUUAGUUGCUUCAAGCAAUGAGGAGAAAAAUGAUGAAGUGGAUAUCUCUGACAUCCCUGGUGGACCUUCAGCAUUUGAAAUAUGUGCUAAGUUCUGCUAUGGCAUGAUUGUAACACUCAAUGCAUAUAAUGUCCUCGCUGCCCGCUGUGCAGCUGAGUACCUAGAAAUGUUUGAGACCAUUGAGAAAGGAAACCUUAUAUACAAGAUUGAUGUUUUUCUAACAUCAAGUGUAUUUCGCACCUGGAAGGACUCGAUCAUAGUUUUACAGAGCACAAAGUCACUACUGCCUUGGUGUGAAAAUUUGAAGGUAAUCAACCACUGCAUUGACUCUAUCGCGUCGAAGGCGUCAAUUGAUCCAUCAGAGGUUGAAUGGUCAUACACUUACAACAGAAAGAAACUCCCAUCUGAGAAUGGUAUUGAUUCACAUUGGAAUGGUGUCAGGAAGCAACCUAUGGUCCCUAGUGACUGGUGGGUUGAGGACCUUUGUGAGCUUGAAGUGGAUUUGUACAAGCGGGUGAUCAUGACCGUCAAAGCAAAGGGAAGCACACCAGCUGUUGUCAUUGGAGAAGCAUUGAGGGCCUACGCAUACCGACGGCUGCUUGGCUCCCUUGAAGAUGCUGUGAGCAAUGGAGUCGAUUGCACAAAACGUCGUGCAGCUCUUGAUGCUAUUCUAUUUCUCUUGCCCGCUGAGGAAGGCUCAGUGUCAUGUGGUUUUCUUCUUAAGCUGCUAAGAGCUGCAUGUUUGCUGGGAUCUGGGGAGUCCCAUCGGAUUAACUUGAUCAAGAGAAUAGGCACACAAUUGGAUGGUGCUUCAGUUUCAGACCUUCUUAUACCACCAAAUACUGAUGAAAACAAUACAUACAACAUAGAUCUGAUCAUGCCAAUAGUGGAAGAAUUCAUGUUACAGAAUAGUGAUAGUGGUAAGGAAAAAUUUCAAGAUGAUGAAGAAAUCGUGGAGAUUGAGAACGUGACAUCUGUUUCCAGCACGUCAAAACUGGCAGUUGCAAAGCUGAUCGAUGGAUAUCUUGCUGAGAUUGCCAAAGAUCCCAACCUUCCUCUUCCAAAGUUGAUCGCACUUGCUGAAAUGGUGUCUUCUCUACCCCGGCCAACACAUGACGGGCUCUAUCGUGCCAUUGACAUGUAUCUGAAGGAGCACCCCGGCCUAUCAAAGAGCGAAAAGAAGAAAUUAUGCGGACUGAUGGACUGCAAGCAGCUGUCACAGGAUGCGUGCAUGCACGCCGUGCAGAAUGAGCGUCUCCCCUUACGCGUGGUUGUGCAAGUUCUCUUCUUUGAGCAAGUCCGGGCAUCAGUUGCUUCUGCAAGGAGCGACCCUUCAUCUGAGCUCCCAUCUGUUGUUCGCUCACUUCUUCCCAGAGAGAAUGGCAACUCUAUUGGCAGCUCCAGGUCAGCUGCGACCACGACAACCGAGGAGGAAUGUGGGGUCCCGACAUCGAGUGACAUCAACUCUUUGAGGUCAAUGAGGCUCGCCAACAACAGCGGUGGAAGUGAGAGGAGCAGUGGCAGCAGUGACAUCAACAAGAACAGCGAUGACAAGAGCACCGCAGGGAAGGCAAAGGGGAUGCUGAUGCCGAAGAAGAUAUUGAGCAAGCUCUGGUCUGGGAAAACGAACGCCGGUGAGAACAGCAGCUCAGACACGUCGGAGAGCCCUGGGUCCGUGAACCCGGAGGAGGUGAAGUCCACGCAGUCACGGAUCACAAGGCGCUCAGUAUCCUAGUCGCAGGGGGUUAACGGUGUCACAGCCUAGUUUUGUUCUUGCUCUUGAUUUGCCUUCACUAGAGAGUAGUAGCAAUCUCAAAAUGUGGAGUACUACUACUGUCCUCACUUGUCAUGUCGCCAAUGGCUCUCUUCUUCUUCUUCUUCUUUUUUUUUUUUUUGGCAUGGGAUUGCUUGUAGCUGGAGUAGGUUUGGUCAUUGGUGAUGUUUUCAGCGAAGUUCCAUGUGGGAUAUUUAUGUGACCUUUUUUCAUGGUAGGAAUACAAAGAAAGUACAGGUCGUUAUAAUUGAUGUAUUUUUGCAUGCAAAA